UAAAAUGCAUUAGUGAAUUAUUUUGAUCUCUUGGAAAUUACACAAUGUUUUUUGACGCGACACAACUUCAAACGGAUUUGAAGUAGAUAGGAGAGGGUCGAUGCCGUAUUAUUACGGUAUCACAUUUCAUGGUGCUAUUUAUUCACGAUUAUGCGAUUCACUGACUUUUCGAUCACACAUAUACACAUUGAUUUCCGAGGUCAUCAUCAGGAUCAGCGACUUUAUCAUCCAGAAAACCAGAAUGUCUGACUAUUUUACGGAAAUGGGACGAACACCUUUAAAUGAUGGAGAGGCACCAAAUCAUUUAAUGCACAUGGCUCGAUUUUUAAGGGAAUUUGGAUUUUGGGAAAUGGAUGAACAAAGUCAAAGAGUUCCUCCACCAGCUUCAAAAGAAGCAGUUAAGAAUUUAACAGAAACUAAAAUUACCGAACGCAAUAAACAAUGUCCAGUUUGUUUAAAGGAAUUCGAAAUUGAAAAUUUAGCUAAAACUAUGCCUUGCAAACACUCAUUUCAUAAAGAAUGCAUUCUACCUUGGCUGGAAAAGACAAAUUCGUGUCCUUUAUGCAGACACGAACUUCCCACGGACGAUGAAAAUUAUGAAAUGUACAGAAAAGAAAAAAUUCGAGCAGUUCAAAGGGAAAAAGAAAUAGAAAUUCUACAUGAUUCCAUGUUUUCAUAGUGCAAUAAAAUUAUUCAAUAUUUAAGAAUUUUUUUUUGUCAGAAAGUAAUAAUUUUGUAAAUAAUAUUUAUAGCAAGAAAAAAAUCUAUCUAAAAUACUUUAAAAAUAUUUUUUAUGUAGAAAAUAGAAUUAAAGGACCAAAUUUGCAAUUAAUUUAAAUUGUAAAUAUUUUAAUGAAUUUUUUAUGACUUACAAAAAUAUUUUAAAAACACAAGUUUGCAUUCCUUAAUAAGCUUUUCGUUUUUCUAUCAGUCGUGUCAACAACUUUAUCUGACAAUUUUAAUUGUGUUUAUAAGUUUGUUUUCGACAAUUAUUCAAUCAAAAAUUGAAUUUCGAGAUUAAAAUAUCCAAAAUGUAUUCAAUCACAAAUGUCUUUAGAAAUAGCAUCCAUAAUAAAACAUUUUGUUAAUAAAGGCA